ACAACUACUGUUAAACUACCUCUACGUUUCAUCUCCGCUUUCUAAUUUUGUUGGAGGCUAACAAUUGAAAUAAUCGAGUUCAUUCGAUUUUGCUUGAUUCUGGUGUAUAUGGAUUGGAAUUUAAGGUUUCCUCAAGGGUGAUGAAGAGGGGGAAUUCAAUAAAAGCAAAAAAGAUGUGGCAUUGGAGAUCAUGGAGAUACCCAGACCUCGCUCCUUGCAGCAAUGGGGAUGGCGCCAUGGCCUCUCAUAUGUUAGCACUGUCACCUUCUUCUUUCAAGAGUGGAACCAUGUAUUCUCAACAGUACCUUGAGGCCUCAGUAUUUGUUUUGGCCAUAAAGGUAUCCCAAUCGAGAGUUAUGGGACACAAAAAACAUUACAACCAGAUUCCUCACUCAAGGAAACAUUCAAGCAUUACUUCAGAUGGUUAUCUAGAGUUUUUUGGGCAUUUGCCUGUCAUCAAACUCAUUUACAAUGCAAAACUGAAGCACUCUUAUGCGAUACAACUCCUGAGGAAAUUACUUGAAAAAGAUUAUGGUCAAUGGACCAUGAGUUAUGGCCACCUUCCCAUCGAGUACCAACAUCCGUUGGCAAUAAGAAAAAGGGUGACUAACGAAGUUAGAGAGAGACCAAUUAUCUUGGCAACUAAGUUGGGUAUCAUAGAGAUGGUUAAAGAAAUAAUUGAAGUAUAUCCAGAGUCAAUUGAACUUACUGAUGAAAAAGCUGGAAGAAAUUUGUUGCAUUUAGCGGCAGAAUACAGACAUGAGUCCAUAAUAGACUUCUUGAAGUCAUCAUCUUCUAAUUCAAAGAGGAACUUGGACAUGUUGGUUGUGGGAAUUGAUAGAGAUGGUAACAGCCCACUGCAUGCUGCUGCUAAGCUUGGAACACAUAAACCAUGGCACAUUCGUGGAGACGCGCAAUGGAUGCAAUGGGAGUGUGUUUGGUUUCAGCGCAUAAAACGUCUGCUUCCACAACAUAUGCUAACUAUAAAGAAUUGCAAUAACCAAUAUGCUUCUCAAGUAUUCACUGAAACUCAUCAACAUCUUAGACAGCAAGGCGAGAGAUGGUUAAAAUAAGGAGCAGGUAAUUGUAUGUUGGUAUCAGCUCUAAUAGCAACUGUGAUGUUUGCGUCGGCCUUCACAAUACCUGGAGGAUAUGACACACAAUCAGGCCGCCCAGUGUUACUAAAAAACCAAGGUUUCGGACCAUUUCUUCAUUACGUUGCUUUGUCCUUGUUCUUCUCUCUUAUGUCGCUGGGUUUAUCUCUUUCCAUCCAUGGGGAUCCCUUUAAUGAACAUGACUUCUUUUUCCGGUUGCCUUUAAGGGCCGUGUUUGCUAAAACUGCUUUAUUCAAUUCAGUUACAUUCACAGUUUGUGCAUUCUGCCAAACGUUCAUGCUGCUUAUCACUGGCUGGACAUACCCUCUGGGCUUGCUUAUCUUCGACAUUGGAUUAGCUUCACUAGGGGUUCUCUUCUUUGCUAAAAUAUACGUGGACAUCAUAGUGUGCUUUGUCAGUUACUCGCUCGACAUUCUUUUCAUUUAGCUGUUAAGUGGGCGUUUAAAUACUAAAUGUUACACAUUUUCAGCUAAUGUUUUUGUACCACUUUUAUUAUUCUUCUUUCUGAUCCUUCUCUGAGGCCUUGAGGGUGUAAUUUCUGUUGUUUUAUUAAUAAAAAUAAAAGGUAACUUGUACGGGUGUUCGAACAUUUAAAGGAAAAUGAUGAUUGAGAUCCCAU